AUGGAAAAUCGAUGCUUGUAUGCAUAUAAGAAAAAGUUCGGUGUGAGUUAUCCUGAACAUUUGGAUGACGAACAGUUCGAACCUUUGAAUAAUGUUAUGUUAAAUAUGAUGGAACAGAAAAAUUUUGUUAUAGAAAUAAAAGAUUUAGAAGAAGAUGCUAAGAAAUAUUUAAUUGAUGAGAAGGGUGAUAUAAAAAAUAAAGAAAAGAUUAGUUUAAUAAAUACAUAUUAUAGUGAUAGGGAAAGGAUGUUAUUUUGCUUGUUAUCAUCCUUAAUAGAAAAAAAAGAAUAUUCUUUUGAAGGAUAUAUUAUAUGUAGUUAUGUUAUAAAAAUGAAUUCUUCUUAUUAUAGUGCAUGGGUGUACAGAAGAAAAUGUUUAAAGAAAUUAAAUUUAAAUCUAUUGAAUGAUUUAAAAUUUACAAAAUACAUUAUAAGUGAUAAUAUUAAAAGUUUUCAGAGCUGGUUCCAUAGAAGAUGGCUAAUCGAGUAUAUAUAUAAAAUGAAUUAUAGAAAAAAAAAUAACCAAAGAAAUAAUGAAUGUAAUUAUAAUAUCUAUAUUGAGGAGGGGAAAAAUAUAGAUAAUAAAAAUGAAAAUUUAAAUGAAUAUAAUAUAGAUAUGGAAAAUAAUUAUAUAUCUUCAUUCGAUGAUGAAAAGAAUUUUAUAAGUUCAGAAGAAGAAAUGAACAGUAAUAGUUCAUAUAAUAUACAUGAUAAUUUUUAUAAUGAUGAUGAUGGUUUUAUAAGUAAUUGUGAUGAUACGGAUUUUGAAGAAGGACAAGAAAAUAAUAGAAAUAAUAUAUAUAUUUAUGAAGAAUUAGGAAAUAUUAUUAAUAAUAAUAUAUUCUUUAAAAAUUCUUUAUUACCAAAUGAAAUAAUUAAUAUAGAUAAUUUUUUAUAUGAAGAAUUAUUAUAUAAUAAUUGUGAUAUAUUUAUUGAUAUGAAAAAUUAUAAUUCUUGGGCUACUAAAACAUGGCUUAUAGAUAAAUUUAAUAUUUUACAAAAUGAAUAUAUAUGUAAAAAACAUAAUAUUAUAUUACAUGAAUUUUGUUUUAUUAAUUAUUUAUUAACUAUUGAUAUAUAUAAUAAUUCAUUGUGGGUAUAUAGAUAUUUUAUACUUAACAAAUUAAGUUAUUUUCAUGAUUUAGCAAAAAUGCAGAAAGAAAUUUAUUUCUGUUUUACAUAUGCAAAUCAAUUUUAUGAUAACCAAGCUAUUUUUAAUUAUUUCAUUCAUAUGGUUUUUUUAUAUAUUAAGUUAUAUCAAAAUGCCAGCCAAAUAAAACAAAAAAAUACAGAAUUAAAUAUACAAUGUGAGAAAAAAGAAGAAACAUAUAAACAUGACGAGAGAAAUAUUUUCCAAAUUCCUCUUGUUAACUACAUUAAAAAUGAACUAAUAAAAAUUCAGCACAAAUCAAAAUUUGUUCUAGUCUUCCUUUCACAACUUUAUUCUUACAACGGAUCUUAUGAUGAUGAAAUAGAGUGUUAUAGGUAUCUACAAAAGUAUGACGAUUUUAACGAACAUGUGUGGAAAGAUAGAAUAGAAUGUGUUCAAAAAAGGUUAAAAAUAUGA